AUGAAGAGGUCGAUUUUAAGCACAUUGAGGUCAGAAACUUCGAUGCAGCACGCGAUACGGAGGAGUGCACUCGUAGAAAUCAUUCGAAGAUCGAUCCUGGAGUAUGGUCUCCGAGCAAGCAACAAGGUCUUCUAUGCAGAGGAAUUUGAGAAGCUUCAAUCAGAUGGCUCGAGGGAUUUUCUCAGCGGCUCAUCGUCGUUGGAUCUCUCUGCCGUCCCGUUACCUCAUGAAACUUCCAACAUGUGGGUCGCAUGUGCAGCAACAAGAGCCCAGCACGGGGAGCAGGUGGCAGCUGAAAACAAUGUUGGUCAAUCGCGCCGAGUGCUGGGCAUGAUUGCCGUCACUGUCAUCGCUGCCUCUAUUCAUCCAGGCUUCCGGCCGGACAGUGCUGGGCUCGAGCUGAGACAUUUCUACGUGCGGAGAGACGCAAGGCGAGCAGAGGGAUCAGCGGCGUAG